AGACUUCCCUGAGAAAACAACCAUGGACGAUAUCACAAGUGUUGUACAGCAAGUUCUUGCCGAGCAUGAGAAACUCAUCACCGGAAUUCAGGACAACGGGCUUUCUAACAUCAAUGUCGCCGAUAUGGGUAGUACACCUACGGAUAAUGUGGAGGCGAUGGUGAAGGCAGUCAGAACAGCAACAGACGCGUCGAAUAAGGAUAUACAAUCUGUGACGUCCCGCCUAUCACGUGCCAAUACGCUACUGGCCAAACCAAUAAUACCUUCCACGUGACGAUGAGACUCACUACAUAUUGUGGCAUAGAAAUACAAAGUGAUAUUGUGCGUUUGUAAUGCACACAGAUAUACACUAAACAAUGAAGAUCUUAGAGUGAGGAUGCGCGCCUGCAAUGCACAUAUAUAUAGGCAGCAGAAUGCCUCUCUCACUCUCUCUUAGUGAGAGAAGGAGAGAUGUCAUCUUGAGGGAACAAUAAGGGCCAUGUCCUUAAUGUGUACAUACGACCGGUAAAUAUGUAUUUUUAAUAUAUACGACCGGUAUGUAAACACAUACGACUGGUAUGUAUAUACAUACGACCGGGAUGUAUAUACAUACGACCGGUAGGCGGUAUGUCGACUGUUUUAUUAGCGUGUAAAUAUGUACAAGUAUUGUUUUUCGGAAAUAAAUCCGAAAUAAAGUGAGCAACAGAGGCUGCAGGCCCGCAGACUCGGGUCAAAGGACAGAGCGGCAGACAGGCAGUGCCUCCUAAAUUAAAUUUUCGG